AUGUUAGCAAAACGACUUGGCCAGCUGGCCAGCCCCACCGGAUCGCUGCUGCGAGCAGGAUCCCUGGCCACCGCACGACCAGCAAACGCCCCUAGAACCCGUCGAAUCUCCAUGUCGUCCCAGAGUGGCGAUGAUAAGCGAAAGCUAUGGAAGGACUUUGAUUUGCCCCCUUCGCCACUGGUGGGUGAGGGAACUCCCGAGGACCGAUUCUUUGAGAUUGCUCUGUGCCGACACCGACCUCUGUACCUCGACACUUCUGUCUCGCACCUUUUCUCCGAUUCCGCCGCCACCAAGCGAAUGGAUGAUUUCAUCAAGUCUCGGCCUAACGAGUACGCACAGGGAACCACCGAGGGAUACAACCCUCUGUUCCCUAAUGCCAUGAGCGUUUCCGGUCAGGUUACCAACCCCGAAAUGAUGCAUUUUUCUAAAAACGUCACCGCCGACCUCUACCCCUACGAGAAGUACUACUCUCCUCAGAAGUCCGAGUUUGAGGUGAUUGAGAACGCUCGAUCUGACGCGGACCUUCUCAAGUUCAUCGGUGAGGCCGUCAAGAAGUUUGAGGCCAAGAAUACCGACGCCGACCUGGAGAUGACCUCCGUCAAGCGAAAGCGAAAGAUUAAGAUGAACAAGCAUAAGUACAAGAAGCGAAGAAAGGCUCAGCGUGCUCUUCGACGAAAGCUCGAUAAAUAA